UAUUCCAAAGCCAAAUAUCUUCUUGAAGAACAUUUUGGAAAUGAAAAUAAAAUUGCUUCUGCAUAUAUGGAGAAGAUUAUGAGUUGGACACCAAUAAAAGGUGAUGAUGUGAAAAGUCUUCAAUCAUUCUCUCUUUUCCUUCAAGGUUGUUCAAAUUUAACACAACAAAUUGUUUACAUGAAAGAGUUGGAUUUACCUUUAAAUAUGAGAACGAUCGUCAUGAAACUCCCAUACAAACUGAGGGAAAAAUGGAGAGUUACUGCUUAUGAGCUGCAGGAACAAAAUGGCCACCGAGCGUUGUUCACUGAUCUGGUUGCUUUCAUAGUAAAAGAAGUAAAAGUAGCCUCAGAUCCAGUGUUUGGCAACAUCCAAGAUCCACCAACUGUGAGCAAAUCUAAAGUUUCAAGUUCCAGCAAGCAAAGGAAAAGAGGAAGCAGUUUUGCCACUAAUGUCAGCACAAUUCCAGAAGCCAGAACUCAGUCGAUUGAAAACAAGACCAAGUCUACUGUUCUUCACAGCUGCUUGUUUUGUUUACAAAGAAAUCAUCUAUUGGAAAACUGUAUGCAGUUUAAAGCUAAAAUGCAUCGGGACAAGUUGACCUUCAUUAAACAAAAGGGGAUUUGUUUCGGUUGUUUGAAAGUUGGUCACACAAGCAAAGACUGCAGGAGUCGUUUGGAUUGCAACGUGUGUCACCAAAAGCAUCCAGGGGUUCUUCACAUAGAGCAAAAGGAACCAGGAGCCUCUUCAGAACAAACCCAACAGACAACAAGGUCUCAUGUCAACUUUUCAACUGCAACCACUCAGACAUGUGGGCAUAUUGGGGCCGGUCAUAAUGAUGAUGCUGUUUUUUCUAUUGUUGCAGUUAAAGUUAAAAGUCAAAAGAGCAACAAAGUUGUACAAACAUAUGCAUUUCUUGAUCCAGGAAGUUCAGGUACGUUUUGUACAGAAACUCUGGCAAAAAGUCUGAACUUAAAGGGCAAAAGGACAAAUAUUCUGCUGAGAACAAUGAAUCAAAAUAAGAUUGUUAAUGUACAAGUUUUGUCUGGUUUGGAAAUCUCUGAAUUGAAAACAAAUGACUUCAUAGCAUUGCCAGAUGUUUUGACUCAAAGGACUAUGCCAGUUUCUACACUGAAUAUUCCCCAGCAAAAGGACAUUGAUCAGUGGCCUCAUCUUAAACCUGUUAAGCUUCAUAACAUCAAUGCAGAUGUGGAGCUACUGAUAGGAACUGAUGCUUCAAAGGUUUUAGAGCCCUGGGAGGUGAUAAAUAGUGUGGAUGGUGGGCCUUAUGCUGUAAAAACUAAAGUUGGCUGGGUCAUAAAUGGUCCUCUGCGCACUGGAAACAGCAGAAAUAAAAAUAUCUGCACUGCUGUAACAGCCAACAGGAUCUCUGUUGAGCAUCUUAAAGAAAUGCUGGUCAAUCAGUACAAUCAUGACUUUAAUGAAAGAUCAUCAGAGGAGAAAACUGAAAUGUCCAGAGAGGAUUUGCAUUUUAUGAAGAUUGUUAAUAACUCAACAAAACUUGUUGGAAGUCAUUAUCAUAUUGACUUACCUUUCAGGAGUGAAAGUCCCAGCUUGCCAAAUAACAUCUGUGUUGCAGAGCAGCGCCUCCAGAGCCUCAGGAGGAGAUUUGAAAAGGAUUCUCAAUACAAGGAGGAAUAUACUGCAUGUGUGAACAACAUGCUGCAACAAGGAUAUGCUGAGGCUGUACCAGCAGAUGAGCUACAGAAAGGUAAUGGACAACUGUGGUACAUUCCUCAUCAUGGAGUGCAUCAUCCCACAAAAGGCAAGUUAAGAGUUGUAUUUGAUUGUGGAUCAACUUAUAAAGGAGCAUCACUGAACAGUCAGCUUCUGCAGGGACCUGACCUCACAAACUCUCUGGUUGGAGUUCUCAUCAGAUUUAGAAAAGAGCCUGUUGCACUGAUGGCUGACAUCGAUGCCAUAUUUCACCAAGUGUAUGUCUCUGAGAAACAUGUCAACUUUCUCCGUUUCCUGUGGUGGAAAGAUGGUGACACUUCAAAACCUGCACAGGAGUUCAGGAUGUUGGUUCAUUUAUUUGGAGCAGUGUCUUCACCAAGCUGUGCAAAUUAUGCUCUGCAAAGAACUGCUGAUGAUAACAUACAACACUUUCCAGCUGAAGUGGCUGAUACAAUCAAAAAUAACUUUUAUGUGGAUGACUGUUUAAAAUCUGUUCCCACAGAAGAAGAUGCAGUGCACAUGGUGAAGAGGCUGACAGAGCUCUGCUCUAAAGGAGGAUUCAUGCUUUCAAAGUGGGUAAGCAACAGUCGCACAGUGCUCAUGUCAAUCCCAGAGGAAAGGAGAGCAAAAGAAAUUAAAAGUCUGGAUUUGGACAAAGAUCAACUUCCAGUUGAGAGAGUACUGGGUUUACAGUGGAGCAUUGAAACUGAUGAGUUCAAAUUCAGAACAUCUGUGCAGGACCGCCCACACACCAGAAGGGGCAUUUUGUCUGUAGUUAGCUCACUGUAUGAUCCCUUGGGGAUCCUGGCUCCCUUCAGUAUGCCAGCUAAACUGUUACUGCAAGAUCUUUGUCGACAGAAUUUGAAGUGGGAUGAAGUUAUUCCCCGUUCUCUUUCUAGGAAGUGGCUUGAUUGGCUGGAGGAUCUCCAGCUGAUAUCCAGUUUUAAAGUAGACCGUUGCAUCAAACCAAGCUGCAUUAGAAAACCAGACAAAGCACAACUUCAUCAUUUCUCUGACGCAAGUCAAGAUGGCUAUGGAACAGUGUCAUAUUUAAAACUGGAAAAGAAUAACAUCUCACAUGUUGCUUUCAUUCUAGGAAAAGCAAGAGUUGCUCCUAUGAAGCAAACAACAAUCCCCAGUUUGGAACUGACAGCUGCUGUUCUUGCUGUCCGAGUGAAUAAACUGCUGCAAAAGGAGCUGCAAAUACAGUUGGAAAAACCUGUUUUCUGGACUGAUAGUACAACGGUACUAAAAUACAUCUCCAGUGAAACCAGAAGAUUUCACACCUUUGUUGCAAACAGAAUCUCUGUCAUCCGAGAAGCAACAGACGUGAAUCAGUGGAGAUAUGUUUCCUCCAAGGAGAAUCCUGCAGAUGAUGCAUCCAGAGAUCAGAAGAGGAAUGGCCUAAACUGGAUGUGGAUCACCAUGCAAUUCCUGCAGAUGAUCCAGAGGUCAAAAGGGACCUAACAACGUAACAGAAGAAAGUUUGUUGAACAAAAGAUGGCAGAUCUGCCAGAAGAAAGAGUUCUGCCAGCCACAGCUCCUUUCACAAAUGUUGGUCCUGUAAGUGUUAAAAGAGGACGAAGUCUCCUGAAAAGACUCUACAGCUCCAAGAGGAUCAUGGAUGAUGGCCAAAGUUUUGAGUGUAAACCAGGACGGACAGGGCUUGGUGCGUUCCGUGCAGUUGCAAACCAAGACCAGUGUGUUGGAAAGACCUGUGACCAAACUUCUGUUGCUACUGGAAGCGUCACCCUGAGGAAUUGAGGACAUGUUUGAAGGAAUAGCUCCUUUUCCUUUUAAAGUAAUUGUGACAGUAUUCACAAUUAGGGGGCGGAGUGUUGGAGCUAUUUAUUCUUUAUUUCUUUAUUCAUUUGAAUUUUGUUAGUUAAUUCUUAAGUGUAUGUUUUUUGUAUUAUUUACAGUAAUUAUUUGCAGGUUAAUAAUUUUUGAUUCUAUUUAAUUUUUUGUUUUAUUAUUUUUCUUAUUCAUUUUGAGUUAGACAGGAAGUCAUGUGGGUCAGUCCACUUGUCUAUAAGUAUAGGGGCCUGGUAAAGGACCAGCAGGCAUUUGGGUUUGGGGCCUAUGGUUUUAACAGUGCAAAAGAACAGAGCAAGAGAACAGAGCAAGAGAACAGAGCAAGAGAACAGAGCAAGAGAACAGAGCAAGAGAACAGAGCAAGAGAACAGAGUAAGAUUGACAGAAUGAGAACAAAGGGAAUUUUGAUCUCUGUAAUUGUUGCUGAAAAGAACAUUAAACCUUCCUGAACAAUCUACAAGUUUGGACAUUAUAUCUUCUUUUGCCUGCGUACAGAAACUGGACCCCAGUGCCUCUUAGUGGCUUGAGGAACUUUUAUUGGAUGUUUGGUUUGACAAACAAUCGCCACUAUUGAUCUCCCAUAACUAUAAUUUAUAAUAUUUGCCAUCAAUACUUCUUUUACAUCACACAUCCCUCCAGAAUACAAUAUUAUAUUGACAACAUGACUAAUCUAUUUAACUGCUUUAUCCAAACAUGAUGAUGAAACAAUAACUUGUCAUUCUGAGAGGCAUUGACUUGUUCAUUGACAGAUAUUUAAUUUUGAGAAACUGAAUUUUGCAGGUAA